AUGUCGAGCACGGACAACACCAACGACGCCAACGCCAAGGCAAGCCCGCCGCUUGGCCUGCCUGCACCGUCCGACGUGCCUUCCUCAGACGAGCCAAACAACGUCAUCAAGCUCGACCACCUCGGUCCCAUGAUCGUCAACUCGGACGGCACCAUCUCGCGCAUAUCAAAUUGGCAGAACAUGAGCGAGAUUGAGAGGGAAAGGUCGCUCAGACUGCUUGCUAAGCGGAAUAAUGCAAGGAUGGGGGCGCUCAGGGCAGGUCAGACGCAGUGA